GUUUCCUCCAGCGGCGGUUUCAGUGGUCUGUCAGAUUUGUGCUCGACGACGACGGCUGAAACUUUGCUCUUACUGAAAAACACGUGUGUUUCAGUGUGCGAUUUUUCAAGCCGACGGUUUAAUCAUGUAGGCGGUGGCAAGUUCCCACCUCUCAAAAGUUUAUGCUGACACCAAUCGACCGGGAAUUUUCUCAAUCAACGACUAUUACAAUUAGGAAACAAUGAAGUGAAGAAGACAGACGAUGGCUAUAUUACACUCUUGGUGUUGUUGGAGGUCGGUACGAAAAGGGAGCUUCGCAUGUGGCUUUUACACAGCUUUCUACUACACCAUCACCGCAGCGCACUCUUCCAUCGUCCUGCACGAAGAACUGGAGUUUUUCAAGCAAUGUCCGCCCAAAUCUAGUAAUAACUGUUCAGACAUAAAGCAAGCAACCAUCCUCGACCCCGAUACGACGUCCGAAUCUUCCAUCAUCUUCACUCUUCUUAGUUUAUCAACGUCAUCCUCCGGCAUCCUAACGUCUUGUUUGCUACUUUACGGCCUCUACAAGGACUGUAAAUUUCUUUUAAUCCCUUGGAUAAUAAAUAUCAUCCUAUUCACAUUACAAGAUGUCGUCUACAUCUCGCACCAAUUCUACGAACACGCGCUUGGGUUUAACCCGAGCAUUGCAAUUUUAAUAACGCUAGACUUUUUUAUCACAUCUCUAAAUGUGUAUGCCUUAUUAUGUGUGAUAUCUCAGUAUCAAGAAUUGAAAGCUGGACGCGGAAGGGCACAAGACGAUCAAAAUAACAGGGCCAUCCCUCGCGACGACGAUGAGUUGCCCACCACGGGACUGCUCCACGGCCGGGUCCCUAACAUCCACUACAGCUCGCAGCCGACUGCGACUAGUUACCUAAGCACUCGCCGACCCAUCACCUACCACGAGACGCGCCCCACGCCCACCCAGAGCCCCACCGGGACUGCGCCCCACACGUCCCUGGGCACCGACGAAACCUCCCCUAGUAUUUUCAAUAAAGGACCAAGAAAGUCGGUCAAGUUCCCGGACCAUUCCAGUCCGAACCACAAUGGGCCCCAGCUGCUGGAGCCCUGGACCAUUGACGUCAAGUCGCCCAUGCUAGUGUCAAAAGGGGCCGACACGGCCCCCUUGAUCGAGACGAACACCGACACCAUUCUACAGUCGAACUUGUAAAUACUUUAUUGUAAAUAAAAGAACGAUAUUUUGUGUUAAAUGUAAAUUGUCCUUCCUACAAGAUUUUCUAAAGUUUCUAAGAUUUGUAACUAGGUCGGUAAGCAAUCAAGUAGCGAAUUUACAGGGUGUUUUUAAAUAAAUCAAAACGAUUUUAAUGUUUGAAAUAUUGGAAUUGUUUUAACACAGAGCCCAACAUUAAAAACACACUGUAAGUUUUUCAUUCUAGAGGGUGCCUAGACCACAUUUUGGACGAAAUUAGCACAGCCUUUGUUCUGUCAUUUGUGUACAUAAAUUCUGACAGUUUUGCGCUUUGUCCAAGGUGAGGUUCGCAGCUUAAAUCGUUGUAAAUAUUUUAUUUCAUGACAAAAUUUAUUGAAUCAUUGUUUAUUUUGUUUUGUACUUGCAAGCUAUAAUUAAUAAAAAAUGUUAUUCAGUUGGAAA